UAGAGUAAACAAUUAAAAUUAUGUAGCACAGUAAAGUACACUUAAAGUUUUAUUUGGCUGAAAAUAUUUUUGGCACGAUAUUGCACAAUUAUUAUAAUAUUACCAUAGUUGUUAAAAAUGAAUGUAGAAAAUAUCAGCCAAGAACUCGGAGUGCACCAAAACCAAAUAAAAUUAAUUAAAGCAGAUAAAUUAUUAUGCUUAGUUCACAAAUCAUGGAUUAAAUCUUUAGCUAAUAAUGAAUUAAUAGACAACCAAAUUUAUACUGGAGUUUCCAACUGGAAGGAUGAUGAUAUUAAAUUUGAAAGUUGGGCCAGAGUUUAUAUAAAGGUAUUUUUAAAGCAACCAAGUCAAGUGAUACCAUUACCCCGAUGCAAUGUGAUUAAUGCCAAUACUUGCCAAGAGCCUCCAUUGUCUUAUUGUCAACUUCUUCAUUAUGUUUCACAAAGUAAUCACAAAAAUCUAUGGAAGGCUGCCCACAAAAGAUACAAUAAUCAAUAUUCUUUCGGACAUAAAGAAAGUUUAUUAUUUCACCCUGUACCUUAUGACAAUAUCCUGAAAGAAGUCAUUACUAGAACUUAUGGCUGUCAUAUUAUUACUAAAGAUAAUGCAAAUUCUGGAGAAGUUGAUCAAUCCCAAUAUGUUAAAAUGUUUGAAACAAACAUCAAUCUAUACCCAGUAUUAUGUGGUAUUGAAACAAAAUCAUUUAUAUUUCUUGUUCAUAAUUCUUACAUUGAACAUAAUUUACAAGACUGUGUUACAUAUAGUCCCUCAAUUUUGGGAUCAUGUUAUAACAAAUCAUUAUUUAUUAUUUAUCAAUUGGUGAGUGUUCUGAAAUCAAUGCAUGAUAAAGGACUAGUUUUAGGAGAUAUAUUAUUAGAAGAUAUAUAUUUAGAUGAAAACUUAUGGAUCCAAGUAAUACCAAAAUUAGAUGAUAACUUAAAUGAAAUUCUUCACAAAAUUGAUCAAUUAUCUGAACCGAAAAAAGAUGCAAAUUUCUACAAAAGCAACUGUGUGUGCUCAAAUUGUUUGAAAUCUAUAACAAAAAAGUGGUGCAAUGGACAAAUUAGUAACUUUGAUUAUUUAACUGUAUUAAAUGUACUGGCUGGCCGACGGAAAGGUGAGCCUGGUAAUCAUCAUGUAAUGCCUUGGGUAACAGACUUCUCAUCAAAAUCGGGAAGUAACUGGAGAGACUUAACAAAAUCUAAAUAUAGGCUUAAUAAAGGUGAUCAUCAGUUAGAUCUUACAUAUUCUCAGUCAACUACAAAAUCAGAUGAUGUACCGCAGAUACCACAUCAUAUUUCAGAUGUGUUAUCUGAUAUUACUUACUAUGUAUAUAUGGCACGAAGAACAAAUCGUUCAGUAUUAACAAAACAUGUCAGGCCACUCUGGGUUCCUGCUGAAUAUCCCAACUCUAUACAAAGGCUACAACAAUGGUCUCCCGAAGAAUGCAUUCCAGAAUUUUAUUCAGAUCCUACUGUUUUCAAAACAAUUCAUGAAGACUUACCUGAUCUGGCUUUGCCUGCUUGGGCCACUUGUGCUGAAGAUUUCAUUGCAAGACAUCGGGAGGCCUUAGAAAGCCAAUAUGUAUCUGAAAGAUUACAUCAUUGGAUUGAUUUAACAUUUGGAUACAAACUAGCAGGACAAGCUGCAAUAAAAGCAAAAAAUGUUUGUCUGAUGUCAUGUGAAAAUAACUACUUUCUUAGUAAAAAUGGUGUUGUGCAAUUAUUUGAUUACCCUCAUCCCGCCAAAUUUAUUUCUGGACCGUUUAAUGGAAAACUUCCACCUAGGAUGUACACAAAUGCAGAUAGAAGGCAUUUAGUCCCUCCAAGGCUAACUCGCAGUUCAGAAGAUCUGACCUCAUGUUGCCGGGAACAAGAUAUUUGCUCACAAAACAGAAUGCAUAAUAGCCCAUCGCAGUCAUCUCAAAAAUCUCUAUCAUCUCAAUGUUCCGAUGAAAGAAGCAAUUAUAAUACAUAUCCUAAAUCAACAACUAUUUUAUAUCUGCCUAAAGAAUACAAUCCUGUUUCACAACUCAUUGCUUUGGAAAAUCUAGAAACUUUUACUUCAAAAGUAUUAUUAAAUGAUAAUGAUAUAAGUGUUGAAUGCAACAAGGAAGAACAUGCAAAGAUGACAAUGGAGAUAGACAAUGGUUCAAAUUAUUCAAAACCUUGUAAUAACACUGAAAAAACUCAGCACGAAUCAAAACCAAACUACAAGCAGAUAGUUGCAGGGAGACGUUUGCGGGAGAUGCAAAUAUUGGGUUGUUUAAUUGUCGAGAUGUUUCAUGCUAAGCGUUUACGCCCAUUUGGUACUACAUCCAACUUUGAUAGUAGGCUACGAAAUUGUAUAUCAAUACUGUAUUCAGAUGCUGGGCUUCCUUCUUCUGUAGCUGGUGCUGUGAAAUUAUUAUUACAAUUGGAUAACUUGGAUAAUUCUGGCCUUUCUGGGUUUAAGUAUCCAACUGUUACUGAGAAAGGGUUACCUCCGCCAUCAGCUCAUCAAUUGCUGCAGCCUUUGUUGGGAGGUGCAGCGUUUCCAUUUCCACGUAGCUACCCAGCUCUGCAUGGAAUGCUCAGUGCACUCAUAGAAUUUGAUAGGUCAUUGUCUUAUUUAGAAAUAAUGUGCUUUUCUAGAUGCGACGGACAGGAUUGUGAUAAGUUUGAGAACAUGAAGUAUACUAGACAGAGUUUUGUGAAGAAGAUUUCAGAAUGCAAGGUAAAAACAGUUGCUGCUAAAAUUGAGUGGUUGUUGGAUAUAAGUGCUUUUGAACAGUUUAACAAUGUGGAUUUACUCUUACCAUUUUUCAAAGAUUUACUUCAUAAUCCAGACACUGCCACAUUAUCUGCAUGGUAUUUGUUUGAUCCAAUUGCGAAAUCUUUAGGAGUACAAGAUACUAUAGAUCAACUUCUGGAUCCAAUUCUGAAAUUGUAUGAACAGCAUGACUGGGAAGAAGAAAAGAAUUUAUCAUCUGUCUAUCGCACAAAAAAAUCAGUGAAACUGUAUCACCAUAGCUUUUUAUUGAAAUUAAUAGUUAGAUUUGGCCUUAAAUGUUUUUUGGAUAACUUUUCUACACGUUUGAUUGAAGCAGUUGGUGGAUGUAGGGACAUAGAGCAAGAAGAAUAUACUUCAAAACAUAUUCAUCGCAAGAGUUCUGUCAAAAAAACUUUAAGACCAAUGGAAUCUAUAAAUAAACCUGUAGAAAAAUAUAUUGAUGAGCAAGACUUAUUUACCUUUGAUGAGGAUAAACAUCAGAAAUUUAUUCAAGAUUCAGAAUCUGAGAGUGUUUUAGAUUUACGUCUAAAUCAUUCUCAAGCAGAGGAAGCCACAGAAGAAAAUGACAAUGGAGCUGAUUUUCUGGAUGAUAAAUUCAAGCAAGAGCAUUUUGGAGAUUUUAAAAAUCUUCAUGAAGAAUUGUCUGAAGAACGCGGCAACAAUGCUACCGACAUUACUUUAAUUAUCACAGAGAGCAUUAGUGAAGCCAUAGCAGAUGAGAAGAAAAUUGAUAAUGAAAAGUUGAAAAGCGAAGAGACUGAAUCUGGUUUUAAAAGAACUAGAUCCAGAAAAUCACGAUCAAGUGGUUCAAAUCGUAAUUCUAGAAUUUCUGAUAUGAGCUCAGAUAGUUUAAUCUGGCUGGCGCAUAGACUUGGACCUGUUCUGACUGCUAGAUACCUUAGUAGAAACCUGUUGAAAAUGCUCUCUUUGUGCUAUCUUGGAGAGGAAUCUUUAGUUCAAAAAUCACACGAUUUAGAUUCAACACCUAAAGAUAGAUCAUGCUGUAGGCAUGACGUUUCUCAUGAUAAAAAAUGUUUGUGCGACAAGGCAGAUAUUGAAAUUGCAGGAGAUGAGUAUGCACAAAGAGUUAUGGAUUGUCUACUUUCUAUCGCUGUCCUUUAUGGUCCUCAUUUCAUAUGUGUACAGUAUUUGCCACAUGCGGCGGAACUGGUUUCACUAUGCAGACGCAGCAAGUUGACUCCUAGCCUGCAGGCUGGAUUAAUUGCCAGUCUCCAGUUAGCCAGAUGUUCCUUGCCUUAUCUGAGUGAUAGGACGGUUAUGGACUUACUUCAGGAUGUGCUACUGAAAUCAAUAAUACUACCAUCAAUAAGAGUUUUAUCAUCAAUAAAGAACGCAUUUCCAGGGGGGCAUGUGGCCCGUCGAGCUUUAGCCGGAAAAUGUUUGCGAUCCAUUUUUUCUUUGGCGGAACGAAUUGGACCAGAAAUGACUAGAGAGCAUGUUUGUGUACCUGGUCUGCAGAGGUAUUUUAUGAUAUUCAACAAAACUUUUGAUAAUUCACAAAGUUCAAAGAAUACUCCAUCAAGAGAUAAUUCUACUACUGAUGCUUCAGAAGGAGCUGAUGAUCCUGAGCAAGAUAUUAAUUUUGAACAAAUUUCACAGAUCGAGCAGGAAAGAUCCAAUGAGAGUGAUGCACAAUCCAAGGCUAUAGCUGAGAUUUGCAAAGUAUUUGACCAGUCUUUAGCACUUCAAUCUUACUCACCAUUUUUGCGUUUGCUUGGCGAAUCAACAAUGGAACGCUGCCUUUCAAAUCAUCUACUGAUAAGAAAGCUUUGUCAACAAGAAUACGAGGAUACCAAAUCUUCUCUUGGAGAUUAUCGUUGGAACACAGAGCAAACAGAUGCUCCAACACUAAAAAUUAAUAUACCUCACAGACAAGAAAUGCGUUGGAGCGGCAGCUCUGCUGAUGCUAGCGGGGAUUACAAAGAACAUGGUGGUCCUGGAGGACGAAAAAGGGACGAUGACAUUCCUCUUAGACGUGAUGACGUUACCGCUUCUUCUCCGAGCCUUUCUCUCAAUUCGGCGUCGAACAAGAUGAUGAUCCUGAGCAAGAUAUUCGUUGAACGAUUUCAACAGAUCGAGCAGGAAAGAUCCAAUGAGAGUGAUGCACAAUCCAAGGCUAUAGCUGAGAUUUGCAAAGUAUUUGACCAGUCUUUAGCACUUCAAUCUUACUCACCAUUUUUGCGUUUGCUUGGCGAAUCAACAAUGGAACGCUGUCUUUCAAAUCAUCUACUGAUAAGAAAGCUUUGCCAACAAGAAUACGAGGAUACUAAAUCUUCUCUUGGAGAUUAUCGUUGGAACACAGAGCAAACAGAUGCUCCAACACUAAAAAUUAAUAUACCCCAAAGGCAAGAAAUGCGUUGGAGCGGCAGCUCGGCUGAUGCUAGCGGGGGGUCAGGCAGUUUUGGAAACAGCGUAGCUGUGAUUGGCAAUCGUAUUGAUGUAGACCUAAAUUCAACAAGUGAAAUUACGGCUAGUGGAGAUGCAUCUUUUUGCAGCAAUGACGCUAUUAGUGGUCCUGCGCCAAAUUGUGCUUCAACAAAUUUAUCUCGAAAUCUUACAGCAAGCAGUGUUACAUCCAGGCAUUUGAAGGGCAACUGGCUGGCAUACUGGGAGCAUGAAAUUGGACGACCAGAUAAAGAUUCUAGUUUCAACAUCAAACAAAUAAAAUUACAAACAUUCUGCGGUCAUACAAAUGCUGUUAAAUCUCUGGUAGUUUUGGACAAUGAAAACAGUUUUGCUUCUGCGUCAAAAGAUAAAACUGUGCGUCUAUGGUCCUUAAGGAGCGAGGGCGAUGGUGGCGUUUCCAGUUCACCGCGAUGGCUUUAUUCUGCACAUCGAAAACCAUUGACAUCUCUAGUAUGGUCUGAUUAUUCUCGGGUCAUGUGCUCAUGCGACUCCGGCGGUGCUCUUCAUAUAUGGGAUCCCUAUGUUGGCAAAUCACUCACAAUACUCAAUGGAACGAAUGUGAAUGUACUCAAAGCUUUACCGUCUUCAAGUAACUUGCUUUUAGCGGGUACAACCGAAUCGACGGUGAAGAUCGUUGAUAUCCGUGCUAAAGGCUUUGCCCAAGAAUGGAAGACAGGUGUACAAGGAUCUUGUCCUGUUAGAGCAUUGGCGGUAUCUUCUUGCUCGGGCAAUAAUUGGAGCCAUGUAGUUGCAGGAUUAGCUUCAGGCCACGUUUCCGUACUGGAUCAUCAUGGUGCUCUGAUAUUACCACCUUGGCGCGCUCAUGAUGGAGAGAUGCUGCAAGCAACAGAAAUUUCUCGUGAUGUGGUCGUCACUAGUGGAUUAGAUCAUUCUGUAGUAGCAUGGUCUGUUAGUGAUGGUAGACCAACUAGAUAUCUGAGAGGCCACACAGAACCUGCUCAUUUGCUUGCUCCGAUUGGAAUGAGCGGUCGCGUCGUUUCAGGAACAACUGCCAACCGCCUGGCAGUUCAUUCUGCUUAUUUGGCAGCAUCAGACUCAGCCAACAUUUCAUCUGUUAUGGCUUCUGAUGAAUUGUCAAAUGUUGGCGGAUGUGGCGAUGCAAAUUCGAGUGAUGGGCAACCCAUGGCAGUUCAUCGUCUCAGAUCGGAAGCAUUUAAGGGCGCGCUAACCUCAUUGGUAACAUUACCUUUGAACAGAUUGCUCUUGCUUGGAAGUGAUAGCGGAAAUAUUACUCUCAUAUGCUAAGUACUGAUUAGAAUGGAGAUUCACAGUUUUAUGAUUAGUAUUUAAAUGAUAUCAAAGAUACAUUCCAAAUAUAAGAACAAAUAGAAUUAGCUGUUCAUCAAUUUAAAUGAUUGCAAUUAUAUACUCAUUCUCGAAUAAGUAAUUGAUUUUGUAUUUUGAAUGACAUUUGAUCAAAGUUCAAAUUUUAGGCAAGUUCUAAUUUUUAUAGAAAAAUCGGUCUGACAAUGUGGAAUCGGUGUGGAAGUAUCUAUACGAUGAUUAAAAUCACAUUCCAGGAUAUUUAUAAACGUGACAAUUGCAAAUUUAUUAUUGAAAAUAACCAAAUAUUAAGGUUUUUGCUUCUGUUAAUUGCCUGUGAAGCAAAAAUUUAUGAUUUUUAAGUGUUCUUUUAGGGCCGUAUUUUGUACUCUUACAAUAAAUUUAUUGUAAGAGUACAAAAUAAUUUUUUAUGUAACAACAUUUGUGCUGAAAUGUGACAGGCCAUAGAGCAGAUGAUUAAAGCGUGAACUUGAAAA